GUAUUGCCGAGCCGCCCUGCAAUCGCCUCACUAUCGCUUCACUUAUCAUUCGUCAAGCGGACGCUGCUCACUAAGUUCCUGCGAUCUCAAAUGAACGUGUCGCGCCAAGCUGCAAAGUCUUCCGUUCUGCGGAACUUCGAACUCGGUUGCAAAUGAGCUCUCGCUUAACGGAUCCACCGGUUACCGAUCUUGGGUGCGCCCCAACUAAUUGAAGAGAGACUUGAGGCCCAGCUCGACGGUGGCUUAUCCAAGAUGAGGUCCUUCUGCGUGUCCGGAUUCUCCGAUGCCCUGGACUGGAGGCCCAUUCUCUUCCAGGAGCCCGCCAUCACUCACAGCGCAUGCGCAUUGUGCGGACUCGUGUCCCUCAAAGCCAUGAGGCUGUCCUGUGGCCACACGCUGUGCUACGAGUGCCACGAGGAGUGCUCCCGGGAAGGGAGUACCUGCCCCAUCGACGAGGAAUCCUUCGGCGAGAAUGACUGCGCCCGAAACGACAUUCCGAAGAGAUUCCUCGAAAAACGCCAGGUGGCCUGCUGGAACAAUCCCAAUGGCUGCAGCUUCCUGGGUCCCGUUCACAGUCUCCUAAAGCACUUCACUGAGUGUGCUUUCCACGUCGUGUCUUGCCCUAGGUGUUCCUCGUCCGUGCUGAGGAGCGAGAUUGUGGGACACUGUAAACAUGGUUGCCAACUCCCCGCCGUUGGGCCCGUAGUGAACACAGACCGCGCCAACCUGGGUUACGACCGUAUCGAGCAGACAAGUAAUGAAAUCAAAGAAGCGUUGGACAAGCUCUCUGACGACCUUUCUUGUCUGCACACCAGCCUCAACCAAUGCCGGGAGGACGUCAGGGAGGCUGAAAGGAGGUCCAAAGAGCAGCUGGAAGUUCAGUCUGCGACACUUCUUGAACAUUUGUUCAGAUUGCACAUUGAAGCUCCUAUUCUUGCAGAGGUCGGACUGAGUGAGGUCGCUGGUGACGCCGGCAAAUUAGAGAAGGGGUGCCGGGCCGGGGGCAUGAGGACGCACGUCGAAUGCCCGCUUAAUGGCACAGAGAGUGCGUUCCUGGACGUGUCUCCUGACCACCAAGGAAAGGAAUUCCACUGGUACCUAAAGGGAUUCGCUGCUCUGAGGAAACAAGCAACCGAGAAAGGAAGGGCGGAAUCUGAAAGCCCCCUGCAGUACGUGAGUGGAUACAACGUAUCCAUCGUCUGCCAUCUUGAGCGGGGGAUGCAUGGUUACAUUCAAUUCCUCUUUGAGUUAAAUGUCUAUCCUGGAGCCUACGAUUCAAGCCUUGAAUGGCCGUUCCGGAAGACGGUCAGGGUCGGAGUCAUUCACGGAACGGACAAGAAAAAGAGCAUUUUUCGAAGGGCUAAUGCGAGUGUGAGCAAAGGUGAUCGCGCGUUCUUGAGACCACAGCGAAAUUCCAAAGAAAGUUUUGUAUGCUUGGCUUUGAAAAACCUGGAGUAUAUAGAAAAGUAUGGGUUUGUUAGGAACGACACACUACACCUGUUCCUUGAGGCUGAGUAAUAGUAAACCCGCUUCUUUAAAAAAAGAAAGAUAAAUUAAAAGAAAAAAGACGCCGCCUACACGAAAGUUUGCUUUAUACGUCCCCUUCCAAAUCGAUCUGAUUAGUGAACGCUGCAGUUUUACGUAUCGCUGAAUAGAGCUAGACGGUGUUAAUGCAGGUUUAAAAAAGUUCGUGAUGGUUUAAAAUGUGGUGUAUUAUUACAUCAACCGCAAUUCAAACCCCACCGCUUUUGUUGAUUUAAAUUGAAAAUUCAUGCAAAAAUAAUGUAUAAUUCUUUCAUCGACGUACUGAGUUCCAAUAUUUCUUUUUCAGUAAUAAAUCAAGUCAUUAUCAA